AUGUUCGGUAUAAGGACCCCGGUGAAGAAGAGGGACGCCCAGGACCGGAGCCCGGAGGCCCAGGUCCUGAGCGUCAGGAAGAGCGUUGGGGAAUGGGAGUCCGGAGCGGACCCCACUUCCCAGGCGUCUCCCAAGAAAACUGUAAAGGCUGGGCGCAAACGUAUAGUGCCCUCACAGGAGAUUCAUAAAGAGGUGGAAGGCACCGGGGGCCCCACAAAAGGAAUAAAUAUAAGCACCAGUGAAAGGGUGCGGGAGGCGCGGUCCUAUUAUUUGUCGGGAAAAUCGCUUAUUGCAAACUCCCGUAAUCUAAAAACCGAAAUAAAGACAGUGGCCUCAGAUGCCAUCGACGCACUGUACCGGCUUGUCAAAGAAGCUGAACUCGAAAUAAGGAAAUUGAAAAAAGGAAAGGACGCUGAUCGAGGGACGCAGGGGGGGGCGGCGGGAAAACGGAGCCUUAGCCCUCUGAUUUCGCAAACGCCCCUUCCUGCCCCCCUCGACCAACAUAUUAGGAAACAAGGAGAGUUAAUGGAAAAAUUAGAGCAGCACAGACUUCAACUAGAAAAGAAUAGUAAAGAUAUGGAAGAACUGAGGGAAGCUCUUAGACAGGCCGGUGACAGGGUAACGAGAGGCACUUACGCGAGCGUAGUAGCAGGUUCGUCGCAGAGGCCGCCCCUGGGUGCUGGGGCCACACACUCGGUGGCGGUCUCCUCCAGCGACGACACGGACACCGGGGACCAGGUUCUGGAAAAGAUAAGAAAAGUUAUAAAUGCGAAAGAGGAAGGAAUUAAAAUUGAUAGGGUUAGGAAGAUACGGGACCGGAAGGUGAUUGUAGGAUGCAGCACGGAAGGGGAACUGAGCCGCGUAAAGGAGAGGCUAAAAAAGGCUUCCGGAAACCUGAGAGUGGAAGAGAUGAAAGCAAGGGACCCCUUGAUAGUCCUGAUGGAUGUGCUGUCUUACAAUAGUGACGAAGACAUCAUCAGUGCAAUCAGGGGGCAGAAUAAGGAUUUGUUGGAAGGGAUUAGCGAGGAAGAGAUUAGAAUGGAAGUCAGGUUCCGGAAGCGGGCCAGGAAUGUCCACACGUCCCACGUGGUGAUCAGGGUUUCAUCCCUGAUCUGGAGGCGGUUCACGGAGGCGGGGGUACUGCAUGUAGACCUUCAGCGUGUAAGAGUGCUGGACCAAUCCCCGCUCGUUCAAUGCACGCGAUUUCUAGGGUACGGGCACACCAAGCGCGUCUGUACGGAGUCAGUAGACUGCUGCAGCCACUGUGGUGGCCCGCACAUGGCAUCGGCGUGUACCGAACGGCAAGCCGGUAAACCGCCCUCCUGUCGUAAUUGCGCACAUGCGAAAUUCGAUGGGAGGGAGCAUAACGCGUUCAGUGAAGAAUGCCCGGUGGCCCCAGGCGUACCCAGCAACCCUAACACCGGGCGGCCCCUCUAUCACGUCGUGCAGGCCAACCUGCAGCGGUCGCAGAUAGCCACGGCGGAACUCAUCCAAGAGGCGACCAAACGUAAGUUUGCGUUCGCCUUAGUCCAGGAGCCAUAUAUAGGCAAUCGCGGGGAGAUGAGGCAGCAUCCAGGGACAAGGACAGUGCAAUGUGCCAGGAGCCUAACCACCGACUCCGUGGUUAAGGCGGCCAUUGUGCUGUUCGAUGACACCAUAGAUGUCUCCCACUGUCCGCACCUUACAACAUGCAACAUUGCGGUUGCAAAGUUGAGGACUGCGGCGUGGGAGAUCGGGGUGGUGUCCGUCUACCUGGAGCCUGAUAAGCCCAUUGAACCGCUCCUGGACCAGAUGGGAACCGCCGUGGAACGACUCGAUACCGCAAACGUGGUAGUGGGAGGUGAUCUGAACGCGUGGAGCACUUGGUGGGGCAGCCGGGAGGAUAACGUGCGGGGUAUUGUAGCCGCGGUAAAGCUCGACCAGCUGGGUCUGCAUGUGGUCAACGAAGGGUCUGAGCCAACGUUCGAAGUAACCCGAGGAGGUGUGCGCUUCUCCAGUCGCGUCGAUGUCACUGCGUGUUCGGCCCACUUGCUAGGCAGAUUGCAGGACUGGCGCCUAUCGGAGGAAGUAUCCAGUUCGGACCACAGGGCAAUUCUGUUCGAGCUAAACCUGGGAAGGUCCAAAGGAACCAGCAUCGCUUCCUCUACCCGGAAGUACACUACCAAGAAAGCCAACUGGGUAGAGUUUCGUAAGAAACUCGCCCAGUUGUGGAAGGAUGAAAGGGUUACAGUGGAAGAGAUUGGGAAGAUAGAGACGGCUGAAAGAUUAGAAGAUAUGAUAGGAAGGUAUGUGGAUUCCGUGGUGGAGACGUGCGAAAAGGAAUUGCCCAAGGUUAGCAGCAGGAAGAGGGCAGGAUUGCCCUGGUGGUCCGAAGAGCUCUCUCGACUCAAGAUCGAGGUCCUGAGGAAGAAGAGGCGGAUCUCCACCGCCGCGCCAGUUCGCAGAGAGUGGGUCGUCAAACAGUACAUCGACGCAAAGGAGAAUUACAAGCGCGAGGUUAAGAACGCUCAGACCCAAAGUUGGAAACGCUUCUGUGGCCGCCAAGAUCGGGAAUCCAUGUGGGACGGGAUCUACAGGGUGAUACGCCGUACAGCCGUGAGGAAGGACGAAGCCCCCCUCGUUAAAGACGGUAAGGUCUUAGAGGGGGCGGAAUCGGCCAGGUGCCUAGCGGAAGCAUUUUUCCCGGAUGACAAGCCGGAGGGAGACGACGUGGACCACAAAGAAACAAGAACAGAGGCCGAUAGAGUAAACGAGGGGUCGCACGAUGGUUCAUACGACCCCCCAUUCACACGGGCAGAACUCGAGUGGUCCGCGUCAAGUUUUAAUCCAAAAAAGGCACCUGGCCCCGAUGGACUCACGGCCGAUAUUUGUUUAGUCACGAUCACUCUGGAUCCGGACCUCUUCCUGGCGAUAGCGAAUAAGUGUUUAAGCCUCUCUAUCUUCCCUAGGAGGUGGAAGGAGGCAGCAGUGGUAGCAUUACCCAAACCCGGUAGGGACGACCUCACGCAGCCGAAAUCUUACAGACCCAUAGGCCUUCUGCCGAUAUUUGGAAAAAUCUUAGAAAAAAUGGCUGUAAGACGUGUCCGGUGGUAUACUGCGCCGUCGAUAAGCGGGCGCCAAUACGGAUUUAUGCCGCAGCGCUCUACCGAAGACUCCCUCUAUGAGAUGGUCCAGCACAUCAGGUCUCAGCUCUUAGAGAAAAAGAUCGUUGUGCUGGUAUCAUUGGACAUAGAGGGAGCCUUCAAUAACGCCUGGUGGCCCGCAAUCCGGUGCAGACUGGCGGAAACGCGAUGCCCCGUAAAUCUGAGGCGCAUGAUCGACAGCUAUUUUAGCGACCGAUCAGUGCGCGUCAGAUUUGCGGGUGCGGAGUACGCGAAAUGUACCACCAAGGGCUGCGUGCAGGGUUCUAUCGGGGGGCCUACAUUUUGGAACCUGCUGCUGAAUCCCCUCCUGGUGGAGUUAGAUAGCGCGGGCACACACUGCCAGGCUUUUGCCGAUGAUGUGGUCCUGAUGUUCUCUGGGGAAAGCUCUUCGGAAAUACAGACCCGUGCCAAUGCGGCCCUCGCCCUUGUUCAGAAGUGGGGAGUUAGGAACAAGUUAAAAUUCGCGCCUACUAAGACCAAGGCAAUGGUCCUCACUAGGAGGAUCAAAUACGACUCCCCACGUCUGAACAUGGGCGGAAAGCCCAUUGAGCUGGUUAGGGAGGUCAAAGUCCUGGGCUUGACAGUUGACGAUAGACUCACCUUUAAGACGCACGUUGCAAACGUCUGCAUCAAAGCGCAAGGCAUCUAUCGUCAACUGUCAAGAGCUGCCAGAGUUUCCUGGGGGCUGAACCCAGAGGUCAUCAGGGCCAUAUACGUGGCAGUAGUGGAGCCCACCAUUCUUUACGCGGCCAGCGCGUGGGCACAGGCGGCGAAAAGGAAGGGGACCUUGACGUUGUUGAACCGGGUGCAACGGGGGUUCGCGCAGAAGAUUGUGAAGGCGUACAGGACUGCGUCUCUAAACUCGGUACUAGCACUUGCUGGGUUGCUUCCUCUGGACCUUCGGGUCCAAGAAGCGGCCCUCCUUUAUGAGGUAAAGAAGGGUCACUCCCGGCAAGUGCUAGGGGACCUUGAUUUGGAAUUACCGGUCCCGUACGCCCAGACGCAGCACCCGGUGCACCUGGAGGGGCUGCAGUUCGACUGCAUGGCGGACGGUGACGAAGUGGCCCAGCGAGCUGCCGUCGAUGUAAAUAUUUACACCGACGGUAGCAAAAUUGAGGGCAAGGUCGGCGCGGCGUUAUCUAUUUGGGAUGGCGCCGCGGAGACUCUCUGCCGGAAAUUAAAGCUGGGAAACUUCUGCACCGUAUACCAGGCGGAACUGUUGGCCCUGCACGAGGCAACCCUGUUUGUAGUAAAGAGCAACCGACGCUCGUUUGGUCUUCAUUCCGACUCCAGGUCCGCCCUCGAAACGGUAGCAAAAGGCGAUUCCCUCCAUCCCCUAGCAGUGAAAGCGAGAGAGAAUGUACGAAAGAGCAGAGAGCAAGGGAAGGAUGUCAGAUUAUAUUGGGUGAAAGCGCAUGCCGGGGUGGAGGGAAACGAAAGGGCGGACGCACUUGCAAAGCAAGCUGCGGUCGGAAUGAAGACCAAACCGAACUACGACAAGUGUCCCGUUUCAUACGUCAAGCGGCAACUCCGAUUGGAAUCGCUUGAGGUAUGGAACGGGCGCUACAGGGACGGGGAAACUGCCUCAACAACCAAGGUCUUCUUCCCAGACGUCGUACGCGCGUUCCCUGUGCUCAGAAAAAUAGACCCGGAUCAGGUACUUACCCAAGUUUUCACUGGGCACGGGGGGUUCUCCUCGUACUUGUGCAGGUUACGCUGCAAGGAGAGCCCCUCGUGCAUUUGCGAUCCGGGUACCGAAGAGUCCGUGCUGCAUCUUCUCACCGAGUGCCCGGUAUCUGGUGCGAUGAGGGCCGGCGCUGAAAUAGAGAUGGAAACUAAAAUAAAUAUAGAAACAAUAAGGAAAUUAAUUGAAAACAAGAAAACAAGGUAUAGAUUUUUAGAAUAUUGCAAAGCGUCGGCCCUCCUAGCCAUAAAUAGAAAUAAGAACUAA